GUAGCGUACAGAAGCCGGGUGAACUGAGUACUAUCACGUGUAGUGUACGCGGUGCGGCAGGUCGGACUGUUCUUUUUUUCAGAAGCUGAGUUGGAAUAAACUUGGAAGAAAUGUGUACGUUGAUGCAAGCGAAGAGAACGUAGAGGUUUUUUAUCUGGAGAAAGUGUGUGUGAUCAGACAAGAUGGGAACCCAAGACAUCUUUUCUAGAGGAUGUCUAGAUUCCUGUGUCAUUCCAUCCUUUACUAGUGAAGUUUUUGACUAUUUAUCGUCAGAUAGUGAAUUCUACAAUACUCCUGCCCCUAGUGAGAAUAUCUGGAAGAAGUUUGAUCUUCCAACCCCCCCUCGGUCUCCAGAACACGUUCUUUCUGGAGACGUCUUCUGUCAUCAUCCGUUCAGUCCGUGUGAACGUCUCCAGCGGGUUUCGGAUCUCCUGGACAUAGAUUUUUUACCCUCUCAAGACUUUGAUAGUUAUUUUGGUGGAUUUAGUAGUUGGUCAGGUCUGGUGGACUCAAAGGUCAAGGAUGGACUGAAAGUUGAAUUGAUACACGAUUGUAUGUGGUCUGGCCGUUGUACCGAGGACUGCAAGCAGAAAGACCGACCAUUUCAAGACUUUUCUUUUCAGCCGCUAAAUCAUACGGUAACACCUUAUUACGACUCUGUGACUGAAGACAAUUCGCUUGAUGAUUGUACAGACGUCCCCCCUAGUGACUCGGGACCGCUGCGCAACGACCACUGCUAUUAUCAACGCCAUUGUCAAAAUCACGAUAAAGAUAUCAAGGGGACAAAGUUUCAUCACUCCACCCCGGCGUCAGGUCUGGAUCACCUUGAAAGCGACUCACCGUCAGAUUCUGAAAUAGAUGUCGUGACGGUCGACAAUUCGUUAUCAUCGUGCCGAAAGAAAGGUAAUCGAAGUUUUAAAGAGUCUAACGAAAACACGUGUUUCACGCCGAAAGUGUUAUCGUAUUCUGUUCAGAAUGGAAAACUAGUUGCUCAGAAAACUCUAAAACGACUUGUAUCUUCUGAUAGCAGCAGUGACAUUGGGAAAAGGAAAAUCCGGAGAACGGAAAACAAGAAAUUUGACGGGAUCUACAGCAAGUCGCGGUCCAGUAGGUCGUGGGGUAGCCGUUCUAGUUCAGACUCGGAUGAUCCAAUAAGAAUACGCAAAGAACACAAUAAUAUGGAACGAAAGAGGCGAGACGACUUACGUUUCGCUUUUCAGACUCUGAGGGAAAACGUUCCGGAUAUAAUGGAGAAUUCCAAGGCCCCGAAAGUUAUGAUCUUGAAAAAAGCGACGACGUAUUUACAACAGUUAACAAACGCCGGACUACUUUUAGAACGUUCGUUAAAGGCCGAAUCACGGAAGAAAUUAGAACUUCAGCGGAAGCUACAACAGCUACAAAAAAAUAGUUCUAGAAAUUUCCGUCGAAGUUGAAAUAAAUUUAAUUAUUCUUUGAUACUGGUUUUUUUUUAAAAUAAAUAUAGUCAGAGUAUUUUCUAUUGACCAAUUUUCUUUCUUUUGUUAGGAUUAUAGAAACUAUGUUCUUUAAUUUAGAUUUUUUUUUGUUUCUGCUUUACAGAAACCAUUGGCUCGUGUGUAACGAGUGAUGUUGCGUGUAAUUGGUAGCGAGAGUUUAUCUAACAUCACGAUUUUAGUUAAAUUAAAACAUAUCAAUACAUUGAAUCAGUGUUUGUUUUGUGUGUUGGACCGUAUUUUGUUUUCUUUGAAAUUGAACAUUUGGUGUCUAGGAAAGUUUUACGACUCUUUAACGAAAUCUUUAAUGUUUCAGAAAUGUCUAUUUAUGGAGUGAUGUAAAAUUCGUGCACCGUAGAUUUCGCGACACGCGUUUUCUGACAUUUAUAAUGUUACAUUUCUGUUGUUAUUACGGCUUUUAGCUUCAAACCUUUAAGGAUGUAAAAUAAAUACUCAGAAGUUCGAGACCCCAACGGGUUAAAAAAACCUCGGUGUUGGAAGUUCAGGAAAUCGUGCAGGAUUUCUUCACGUGCUCUUGGAAGACUGACGUCCCAACUAAUCAUUCUAACAAUAGAAAAACGCCCCCCAGUGGCACAUCGGUAUGUCUGCGGACUUAAACGCUAGAAACCGGGUUUCGAUGCCCAUGGUGGACAGAACACAAAUAGCUCAUUUUGUAGCUUUGUGCUUAAUUACCAUCAAACAAAAGAAAAACACAGUAAAAACCCAAACUUACCACAUGAAAAAAAAAAAACCCAGUAAAACCCAAACUUAACUUACAACGUGACAGUCAGCGAAUUUUGAAUCAUCCUAUGUUAAACUUUCAAAAAUCGUGCAUUUU